UUUCGCGUUCCGACGGCAAAGCAACACGCGCGCGCGCACACGCCACACCGUCUAGAGGCCGUGCUGUGUUGUGUGUUUCGGGUUUCGAGUGGGGGUUUUUCGCGUGCGUUCCCAGUGCUGCACUGUUGUUUGUUUCGCCCUGCUGUGUACACAUCGAUUUUGCCGUCACCAGCAGCCUCUGUUGCUGUGCGUGUCACUUGCAAAGGGGGGGAACACAGAAAGAGGAACCACGCGCGUACGGCCCGCGGUUGGAUUGGCGCGGUUCGCGGAUGCAAAGUUUAACGAUCAAUCGCAGCCACGAUCACACGCACACGUGCGCUUUUGGUAGUGCGGUUUCUACAAUUCCACGGUGUGGUUUCGUUUUGUUUUUUUUUUGUUUUUGCUGUUUACGGUCCGUGCUGUGUGUUAUGUUGUGGGCGAUUGUUUGUGUACGCUUCGCGUCGUAGCUGAAGCGUAUCAAAUAAUAUAAUCAUUACAUGUGACGACCAGACCAGUGAAUGGAGUGCUUGCUGCUGCCGCCUGUGGCCGUUGCUUGUUGGUGCGGGAGUGUACUCGACCCUCAACUCGGUAGAUGCUGCUGUAGCGUGCGUCGUACGUCGGCGUGAAAGACACUAUUGUGUGUACAGUUUGCAGUGUACAGGACCUACCCUGUGCCGAAAAGAGUUCAGAAAAGUGUUAGAUUAUUGGAAAUCCCCAACAUGAAAGGUGCUACGUAGUGAGGUUCUUGUGAAGUGUUUCCUGUUCCUAUGAAGAGGAUUGAAUUGUGAGAAGAUAUACAUAUCUCACCUGGAGGUACGGUUGUGUGUGUGUGUCUGUAAGGUUAAAAGUGCUAGCAAUGAGGAUCACCCAUCAUCCGGGCCGUGCGAUUGACGCGAGUCUUUCGCUGGAGCAGCGCAGUGCGAUGGGUGCCCUGUACGAGGCUAACUGGAACAAGGUACAGUCCAGCAUGAACUCACUGAUCGAGAGUCAUCAUGAGACGAGUCCGUAUGACACAGUAGGUCAGGCAGCGAGUAGCAGACCGGUCAGCCACCCUGCGCCAUCCUAUCGCAUCUCAACAGUGACUGGAUCUUCCGAGGAUGAUGAAGGCCUCCCGGACGAGGAGGAGCGUGACGCAUUUCAGGAGAGCAGUGGCGCACUGAAGGCCCUAAAUGGGUACCGUCCAGCCACGAUAAGACGCGCCCGCCAGCGACAGUACCCAGAGUGGGACGAGUUGAAAGAUCCGAAAGAUGCUCCGGAUGAUCCAAGCGCCACCAAAUAUCAUACCGUUCGUGGGGGACGGAUGUUUGAAAAUACUCACAAACCUCGACCUGCCUUGCGGGGGUCCAGCAUGGCAGAGUUUGAUGCGGGGCACUAUGCAAACUUGCUCCCAGGGGAAGACCGUGCUCCCGCCGUACCGGCACGCAACGGAACGCUCAAACGUUCCAACACGGUGGCGGCCCAAAUUCCAACCGCCCAGCAGCGAACGCUCGAUCGACGGGAGCUGUUUCUGCGCCAGCAGCAACACCAGUACACUCCUCCACAGCAACCCUCGAAGAAGGAGCGCGUGCGGCAGCAGAAACCGAUCGACGAGUACUCGGAUCAUCUGCACCGUCCCCCGGUCAGUCACUACCCAGACCCGAUGACGGAUCUGGAGGGUAAGCUGCGAUCAAGUGCGAUCUGUGAUAGUGCUACCGGCGGUGGUGGUGCACGGUACCGUGAUAAGUCCAGCCCGGCCGACUAUCGGCGCGGCAGCGAUGACAGCGAGAGCAAUCUCUCGAUCGGCGAUCGUAUGACAUCGUACCGGUCGGAUAACGAUCUCUGCUCGCAAAUCUAUCGCGAGGGUAGCCGAAACGGGUCACUCGCAAGUAUACCGCGUGCAACGGCGACAUUAUCCCGCAAUCGCACGAUCAAAGGCCGGCCUAUCCUGGAAGACAUACCGGCGGAUCUGUUGCCCCGGCUGGAACCGGAAAAGCCGAAACGCUCCUCCAGCAAGAAGGUUGGGUUCGGUAAGAUGUUGUACAAUACGAUUUCCGCUGGUACGAAAUUCCCGCGCACACUACUCAAGUCACACUUUGGAGGUGGAGGAGCACGGGAAGGUGGCGAUACGUCCGAGUAUGAUAGUGCGACGGGCUAUCAGGAUUCGCCACUGUCGUCGAUGUCGUCGUCUUCGUCUGCCUCGUCCUCGCCACCAUCAUCGUCCAAGUCAUCGUCGUUCAAGAAACUGUUCGGAGGGGCCGGCAGUAGUAGCAGCAAUGGAAGUAGGAGUACCAGCAAUAGCAGCACGGGUUCUGGAACAUUGCAUCAGCAGCGCCGCCAGCAGCUUGGUGACGAUUGCAGCGAUGCGUACAUUAUUGCAACGCGACCAGCCAGUGGCGGGAAGUAUCCCUCGCUGGUUCCGGUGCAUACGUACGCACGGAAGCGUCGCACGGGCAAUCUGAUCGCCAACGAGCCCAUCUACGGCAACGUGGAGGAGAUCUACGCCAAUCCUGACGAGGGACGCGUCGAAGUGUCGCGCGAAGGCAAAUACCUGUCCACGCUGUCCGGUGCGAAGGUGCUCGGCGAGCUAGCCAUCCUGUAUCACUGCCAGCGAACGGCCACCAUCACCGCCGCCACCGACUGCAAGCUGUGGGCGAUCGAGCGACAAUGCUUCCAGACGAUCAUGAUGCGCACCGGGCUGAUACGGCAGGCCGAGUACUCCGAUUUCCUCAAGAGUGUGCCGAUCUUCAAAAACCUCCCGGAGGACACGCUGUGCAAAAUAUCGGACGUGCUGGAGGAGUGCUACUACCAGAAGGGUGACUACAUCAUCCGCCAGGGUGCCCGCGGCGACACGUUCUUCAUCAUCUCGAAGGGUCAGGUGCGCGUCACGAUACGCCAGCCAGACACGCAGGAGGAGAAGUUCAUCCGCACGCUCGGGAAGGGUGAUUUCUUCGGCGAGAAGGCACUGCAAGGCGAUGAUCUACGCACGGCAAACAUUAUCUGUGACUCACCGGAAGGCGUUACCUGCCUGGUGAUUGACCGGGACACGUUCAACCAGCUGAUCUCGAACCUGGACGAAAUCCGAAACCGCUACAACGACGAGGGUGUUAGCCAGCGGAAGAAGAUUUGGGAAGAGUUCCGAGAGGUGAAGCUGUCCGAUCUGCGCGUCAUCUCGACGCUCGGCGUCGGUGGCUUUGGGCGGGUGGAGCUGGUCCAGCUGGCCCAGGACAAGUCGCGCUCGUUCGCGCUGAAGCAGAUGAAGAAGGCACAGAUCGUGGAGACGCGCCAGCAGCAGCACAUCAUGUCGGAGAAGGAGAUCAUGAGCGAGGCGAACAGUGACUUUAUCGUGAAGCUGUACAAAACGUUCAAGGACCGCAAGUACCUGUACAUGCUGAUGGAAAGCUGCCUGGGCGGGGAGCUGUGGACGAUCUUGCGCGAUCGUGGCCACUUUGAUGAUGGCACUACGCGCUUUUACACGGCUUGCGUGGUGGAGGCGUUUGAUUAUCUGCACUCGCGCAACAUUAUCUAUCGCGAUCUGAAGCCGGAGAAUCUGCUGCUGGAUGUGUCGGGGUACGUGAAGCUGGUGGACUUUGGAUUCGCUAAGAAGCUGCAAUCAGGUCGCAAAACAUGGACGUUCUGCGGUACGCCGGAGUACGUAGCGCCGGAAGUUAUUCUUAACCGUGGCCAUGACAUCAGUGCCGACUAUUGGUCGCUUGGAGUGCUCAUGUUUGAGCUGCUGACUGGUACGCCACCGUUCACUGGAGCCGAUCCGAUGCGCACGUACAACAUCAUCCUGAAGGGUAUCGAUGCGAUCGAGUUCCCGCGCAACAUCACUCGCAAUGCCAGUGCGCUGAUCAAGAAGCUGUGCCGGGACAAUCCGACCGAGCGUCUCGGCUACCAGCGAGGCGGCAUCAGUGAAAUCCAAAAGCACAAAUGGUUCGAUGGCUUCUACUGGGAAGGAUUGCGGAAUCGUUCACUGCCGCCGCCGAUCCUACCGAAGGUACAGAGCGUCGUCGAUACCGCCAACUUUGAUGACUAUCCGGCCGAUCCGGAUGGCCCUCCGCCGGAUGAUCUGUCCGGAUGGGACGAUGAUUUCUAAGCGAAACGUCAUGUCCCCUCUUGCCUGCUGUGCGCUCUUUGAUGAAAGAUCUUUUCGCGCUAAACACUUCCUAUAAGAAAGUUUUGCUUCUUCUCUCCCCCGUGCGUCCCGUGCAAUAAGGUUACAUUUUCGUGCGUUUUUGUUUUCGUUUUUGCUUCAUUUUGAUGAAUGAGAGAGAGAGAGAGAGAAAGAGAGCCAGCGAUUGAAGUGAUUGAACGUUAAUACCGUCUGUCGUCUAGCGCUUGGUUGAACGUUUGGUUGUUCCUUUUGGAGUGAAUGAGGUGUUUGUGGCGGUGUGACCUUGUGCACGGGGACGGUGUAGCGUUUUUAUACAUAUAUUUUAAAAAGUUUUAUCAUUUUUUUUAAUCAGAAAACAAGAAAAAAAGGUGCAGACACAGAAAGGCAGUCUAUUGCAGAGUGUACUUUUUUUUAAUGGAAAAGAAGAGAAAGUGUCCUUAAACAAUUAGUUAUACAUUUAACAAAUAAUAGCAAAAAAAUACAAGAAUUAGAGGAUUGAGCACAGCAUCGUCCAUGUCAUAUGUGUGAGGUGAGAGGGUCGGAAAAGGAGAGAAGAAACUGUUGAUUAUGAUUGUGUACUGCUUUGUACUUCCCUGUUUUUUCUUCUUUGAUAUCCUUUUUUCCAUCCUGAAUGAUCCUUUCUCGUUAGAGAUCACGUGCAACGACCAUCGUACCACGUGGUAUGCCUUAGCUAACAAAAAAGCCCCAAUCUUUAAUGCUAACACCUCUCUCUCUCUCUACACCCCGUUACUUCAGCUAAUUGUUGGUCAGAAUUUAAACACCCCGAUAAUAACCCCGAUAAUAGUUGUUGGACGCUAAUUGAUAAUGAUAACGUCUGGUUAGCGAGAACAGGAGAGAGAGAAAGAGAAACGAAUGUAUGUUUGUAUGUGUGUGUGUUGCGUGCGUGCGUGUAUGUUGUUCAAUUUGUGCAAUCGAGAUUCUGUAAAAUAUACAUAUUAAAAAAAGCGAAGUCUGUACAUAACAAAAAAAAACAAUGCGCGUCAAAAUUUACGUGUUAGGUGCAUAUAUAUAUAUGUGUAGUGAAAAACAAACAAGCAAAAACAGCAGAAUUGGUUCGCGGUUUAAUGUUUCUUUUUGCUUUCCCUUUUUUCCAUACGAUCAUUUCUCCAGUGUCUAAAUAGAUUAUUGGAAUGGUUCGUUGUUUAAAUUGUUAUUUUAAAAUUGAGCGCAUGGUCGUGUGUGUGCGCGUAUGUGUGGUUGAUAGCCCGAAGGAGAACCGUGUGCAGAACUAGUUUCCUUUUCAGCAGCUGAUUAGAAAUCAGAGUUUAGUUUCUAGCAUCGUUUAAAACUGAGAGAAAAAAAAACAAUAAAUUCGUAAUCCGUGUAAUUUCGAG